CAGUUAGGUACUGUCUAGUCACUAGCAGCCAGGCGAGCCCAUACCAGUCAGUGAUAUUCGUGUCGAAUGUACUAUUAGGUUGUGACUCUGGCUUCAAUCUGUGCGAAAACAAUGUCCCAAAACUUUUUCAUAUCCACGCGUAAAAUCAUUGGGGCUGGCGUAAAUUACAAAGAGAUCCUACGCCUGUCGAAUGCUGCCAAACCGGACAAUCCAGUGAUAUUCUUCAAACCGAUUUCGUCGCUCAUUUCGACCGAAGAGGACACCAUCAAGGUCCCCAAGGUGUUCGGUGCCAUCAACUACGAAGCCGAAUUGGGAGUUGUUAUCGGCAAGAAGUGCAGCAAUGUCAGCCCCGAUCAGGCGAUGAACUACGUGUCAGGGUACUGUCUGGCACUGGAUAUGACCGGUAUGGACUUUAUUUUGGACGCUCGGCCCAAAGGACUUCCCUGGUGCCUAGGUAAGGGGUUCGACACGUCCACGCCGGUGAGCAGACUUAUUGCCCCGGAAGAGCUAGGCAAUCCGAACGAUGUGCGGGUGUGGUGCAAGGUCAACGAUCAGCUGAAACAGGACGAUAGGACUUGUAAUUUGAUAUUUACGAUUCCCGAACUGAUAGCCUACGCGUCGAAGUACAUGACGCUGGAGGAGAAUGAUUUGAUUCUGACGGGCACACCGGCCGGAGCAGGUCCAGUCAAACACGGAGACCUUGUCGAAUGUGGACUAGGUGAUAUCGUACAAAUGAAGUUCAAAGUUAGAGAUGAGUAAAACUUCCCACUGUAUAUUGCCGGAUGCUACAAAUAUGCCAGACGUUACGAAUGAUAGCAGAGGUGGCUCGGCCACGCUGCUCUGCGAUGCGGAUUAUGGAU